AUGGCUGAUAAAUAUUUUUCGAUCAAAUCAAUUAUUAUUAUUCUUAUUGCAUGUUUAAUCGAUGAAAUAUCGGCUCUCUCUAAUUGUUCAACGACUGUUUGGGCAGUGAAUGCAACAACAAUUGCUGGUUCACCUGCAGGUAUUGCAGGUUUCAAUUCAACAUUGUUAAACAGUCCAAUAGGCAUCACGGUUGGCAAAAAUGAUUCGAUUUAUGUCAUGGAUUAUGGUAUAUCAUACUAUCGUAUGCAACUAUUUUAUCCUGGUAGUCAAUUAGGAAUAACAAUCAUUAACGCCACCUUAGGCACAGGUCUUAAUCAGGUCUCUUCUGUUACCGGUCUUAGCAUAGAUGCGAGUGGUAAUAUUUAUAUACUUGAUCUGGGAAACGAUCGUGUUACAAAAUGGGCACCAGGAGCAUCAGCGGGUAUACUUGUAGCCGGUGGUAACGGAUAUGGCAGUUCUCUCAACGUACUAUAUAGUCCUUGGGACAUAUUUGUUGAGCCAAAUACAUCCUAUAUUUGGAUAGCUGAUUCAGGCAAUAAUCGAAUUGUCAAAUGGUUGAAUACAUCAACUGUGAUACUUGUUGCAGGUGGUUCCAAUGGUUCACAAGCUAAUCAAUUUAAUACUCCAUACGGAUUAUUCGUUGACACAUCUGAUUCAAAUACACUUUAUGUAGCAGACUCAUUAAAUCAUAGAAUCCAAAAAUGGCUUAAUGGAGCAAGCAAUGGAACAACAGUCGCCGGGCAGUCAGGUGUGUAUGGUAGUGCACUUAAUCAACUUAAUUAUCCGGAUGCUUUGACUAUGGAUACGAAUAAAUCAUUGUACAUUGUGGAUCAUGGAAAUAAUCGAAUCGUUUUAUGGUUAUUAGGAUCUACAUCGGGUAGAGUCAUUGCUGGUACAGGUAUUGCUGGAGCAUUACCAUCUCAACUAAAUAAUCCUUACUAUGUCAGACUUGAUUCAACUGGAGCACUUAUUGUCAAUGAUCACAGUAACAAUCGCAUUCAAAGAUUUCCAGUUCUUUGUUCACCAAAUAUGGCGUCCUCAUCGUCAUCAUCAACAACAUCAAUUGGUACUACAUCACAAAAUACAACAAUCGCUGUUCCACUUACUACUAAUAAUCUUACAACAUCAGCAAAUAACCCAGCAACUAUACUAUCAGCUUCAACAUCAAUCGCAAAUUCGGUCACAGUAUCAGCCACAGUUUCAACUUCAACAGUAGUCACAACGUCACAAAAGAGUAGUACAACUAAUACGAUAACAAAAUUAUCAUCAACAAGAGCUACAAGCUCUCUAUCAACAAAUCAUUCAUUUGCAACUCGUAAUUUAAAUUCAAAAUUAUUAGUAUUAUUAUUUUAUUUCAUUAUGAUUUUUAUAAACAAUUAA